AUACUACAGUACUCAAGUUCUCACGUGUGAAUGUUCUACUAUUACCUACUCCUUGGAACUCCCAAUUCUUAUAUUAUCAAAUAGGCUGGGUUGGGUUCACGUGUACGAAUGUUCUACUAUUACCUACUCCUUGGAACUCCCAAUGCUUAUAUUAUCAAACAGGCAGGGUUGAGUUCUCACGUGUACGAGUGUUCUACUAUUACCUACUUCGUGGAACUCCCAAUGCUUAUAUUAUCAAACAGGCAGGGUUGAUUAUUUUCUUUUGAGAACAUGUUUUGUUUUUUGAUUACGCUACAUAAAAUUAAUUUUGUGAACUUGAGUCACAUAGCUUUCAAGUCCUUUAAUAGUUCAUGUUCUACUUUUGCACAUGAAUUCUUCUACUUCACUUUGAAUAGCUUUUGAUACUUCUAUGCCAUUUUUUCCCCAAAUUACAGGUUGUGGCAGGGUUCAUGUCUCAAGUCAUAGAGAAACCAAUGUUUUUCAACCCAGCACAAAUAGUUUUAACUGCUGGGGCUACUCCUGCCAUUGAGAUACUCAGUUUCUGCCUGGCUGAUCCCGGAAAUGCAUUUCUUGCACCGUCUCCAUACUAUCCCGAUCUUGACAGGGAUGUUAAAUCGCGAACUGGGGUGGAGAUUGUACCUGUUCCUUGCCGCAGUUCAGAUAACUUCAGUUUAAGUACAACUGCUCUUGAUCGAGCUUUCAACCAGGCCAAGAAACGUGGUCUUAAAGUUCGUGGGAUAAUCAUUUCAAAUCCUUCAACUCCUGUGGGAAUUCUGUAUAACCGUGAAAUGCUUUACAGCCUCUUGGACUUCGCUAAUGAGAAGAACAUUCAUAUUAUCUCUAAUGAAGUAUUUGCCGGAUCGACACAUGGAAGUGAAGAGUUUGUAAGCAUGGCAGAAAUCAUCAACACGGAAGGAGAAGAUUUUGACAGAAAUCGAGUUCAUAUUGUUUAUGGUCUGUCGAAGGACGUUUCUCUUCCUGG